AUGGGCGAGCAAAUGGCCGAGACCAAACGAGCAGUACAUCGAGCAAUCAGCCGAGCUUUCGAUGGCAGUUUUGGCGUGAUCUGCGCUGAAUGCGCUUUCUCCUACAUCGUUCACACUCAUGAGUACUGCGUCCAUACCAGGAACGACAUCACCUGCCUUGUCUAUAAGGACGGCUAG